UCUUUUUGCUCGGAUUCCCCGCCAAAAAAUUCCAGUUCCACAACCAGCAGCGGGCAGCCUCCUUCCCGCUCCAUUCCCUUACCCCCAGGACUACAGCUCAGCAGCGCUGAGCAACCGUCUGGAUCAGAUGGGUCUCGCUGCCGCCAAGAACAAGCGGAAACUCGGCCACGACCCGAACAACACCAAAUGGUCGCGCAACACCGAGUCGUUUGGCCAGAAGAUCCUGAGGGCUCAGGGGUGGCAGCCGGGCCAGUACCUCGGCGCGAAGGAUGCGCCGCAUGCUGAGUGGCAUACCGAGGCCAGCGCGGCCCACAUCCGCGUCGUGCUGAAGGACGACACCCUGGGCCUCGGGGCCAAGCGGAACAACGGCGACGAGUGCACCGGCCUGGAUGCCUUUCAAGACCUUCUGGGUCGCCUCAACGGCAAGAGCGACGAGGCUCUGGAGGCCGAGCGAAAGGCGCGGGAGGAUCUGAAGCUCAGUCUGUAUGUCGAGAGGAAGCUCGGGCUCGUCCGAUUCGUCAGGGGCGGGUGGCUGGUUAAUGACCAGCUGAAGGAUUCUCCGGUCGAAGAGGCUACUGAGUCGGGCCCAAGCCUAUCCGUCACUACGGUUCCCACCGAUUCGCCAGCGCCCGCGGCGGGGAGCUCCAAGAAGCGGAAGGCCGACCAAGAUACCCCGGCAGACGAGAAGGUGCGCAAAAAAGAGAAGAAGUCCAAGAAAAGGAAAGCGGAAUCCGACCCCGAGGUGGACAGCGAAGAUGUAAGGGAGAAGAAGGAUAAAAAGAGAUCGAAAAAGCACCGAGCGGAAUCUGAAGGGAGUGGAGAGGCGGCACCAGUGUCGGCAAAAAGCAGCAGGAGCAAGAAGGACAAGACAACAGUUGCGGAGGGCUCCGGUGCAAGCACGAGCGCUGUUGCGGCAGAGGCUGGCGAGUCGCUGGAUGAAGUUGACGGUUCCGCUGAAGUUAGGAAGGUGAAGAAGGACAAGAAAGACAAGAAGGACAAGAAGGAGAAGAAGGAGAAAAAGGAGAAGCAGAAACGGGACAAGGCUGCUUUAAAUUCGGGAGCUGAGCUUGGAGACAGCAUAUCUAAAGAGAAGAAGAGGAGGAAAGACGACGGCACCUCAGAAGAGACGGUGUCUUCAGCGCCUACUCCAGCCGACAGUAGCAUCUCCACGCCAAGCGGCAGCGGCUACUCAACGCCUGUCCCAACUGGAUCCAGCCGGUACCUGGCAAGAUCGAGAUUCAUAGCCCAGAAGAAGAUGGCGUUUACAGACAGCGCCGCGCUCAACCAAAUAUUCAUGAUCAAGUCAUAGACUGGGUCUGAUCCGGAGGUCAAGUCGGUUUAGACUCGUUCCCAGCCGUCGCUCCGCACGCUCUAGGCUGAGUCCUAGCCCCGUUUCGAAACCCUGGUAUAUUCCUCCGAUGGUGACCCAACAUAUGCAGUUACGCAU